UGGUAAUAUCCACUUUUCAUACCCUAAUUAUAACCGUUUCCCAUAUAAAAAUAAUCUCAUUUCUCUCUACCCUUUAAUCCAACCUGAGAUUCUACCCAUCAAAAUCCUGCAGUUUCAGAAGAGCAUACACACACACACACACACACACACACACACAGAGACACGCACAGACACGCACCGGAUUCAAUCAAGCUGGAUCCAGCCAUGGCAGAAGAGUUUGAAGCUGCUGGGAUUUGUGGUGGGAAUUGGUGGAAUAUGAGUACUUGUUCAUCAAGAAGUGUAUUAUUUCCUCUCAUCACCUCAUCGCCAUCAUCAUCCCUCUGUUCUAUUGCAGCAAAUAGCGAUGGAGGCAACUUUAGUUGUACUUGGCAAACUGAUAGUCUCGUAGAUCUGAAGUCGCCUUUAGCUUCUGUUCAUCAUCAUCAUCAUGAUUCUCUGGGUUUUCUCGUUCAGCAGGAGCAAAACCAGAAUGAAUCACCAUCAGCAGCAGCAACUACUGAAAAUAAUGGAAACAUAAUGAUGGAUUCCACCUUGGGCUUUGCAUCAACUACUUCAUCCAAUAAUUGGAAUAACCACUCUUUGCUUGGGAGACCAGAAAGAAAUUUUCAUUCUGUGCUUGAAGAAGAAGCUGGUGGUGUAGAUUCUUCGAAUUCAGAAAUGAUCCAAAAGGAUUGGAGCCCGAGCAAGGGACAGGUUUCAUCCAUUAAAGAUGCUUUCAAGCCCAUGAACCAAGAAUUUGCAAUAGAUCAACAGAAUAAUCUGAGUUGUGCCUCAUAUGGUUACGGCCUAUACGAUAAUGAUGAUGAUGAUGAACAUAAUAAUCGUCUUCAUCAUCAUCAUCAUCUUCAACCACAGCCACAACCAGAGGACUCGCUUUUUACCAACCCUUCUGUGGCUUAUAAUAGUUACAACAACAAUCCAUCCAAUGAAGUUUCGCCAUGUAAUUGGUCCAAAGUCUCUGAGCACUUUUUGAAGCAGCCUUCGAUGCCAAAACAGCAGCUCGGUGGACUCCACUUUUCAAACAACAACAACAACAACAAUUCUCCUUUUUGGAAUAAUGCCUCAGCUGAAGCCCUUGAUGACGUACCAGCACCACAUGUUUUUGUUUCAUCUCAACAAUCUCAAACUUUUGAACAGCACAAACCCAUUUGCUCAGCUCUCUUAACCAAGCACAAAAGAGAAGAGGCUCCUGUUUGUGAACCGGCUGCAUUCAAAAGGCCCAGAAUUGAAACCCCAUCACCACUGCCAACUUUUAAGGUUCGAAAAGAAAAGUUAGGGGACCGAAUCACUGCUCUUCAGCAAUUGGUUUCACCUUUUGGAAAGACUGACACGGCAUCUGUCCUUCACGAAGCUAUCGAGUGCAUCAAGUAUCUUCAUGAUCAAGUCAGCGUUUUGAGUGCUUCAUAUUUGGACAACGGACCUCCUGUCCAACACUAUCAGCGUUGUGAUGAGAAAGAAUCAAAAGGGACAAAACAAGAUUUAAGAAGCCAUGGAUUGUGCUUGGCACCAAUAUCGAGCACUUUCUCACUUGCUAACUAUGAGAUGAUGGCUUCUGAGUUAUGGACGCAUGCAUAUGGAGGAGCUCUCAUGAGAUAGAUAGAUAGAGAGAAGACGAAUCACAUACCAAUGAGACAGCAGUCAAAAACAUAGUUGGAAUCUUCAAAAGUAUAUAUGAAGGUUGUGAAGAAGUGUACAUAUUAUUUCAAGUGACGAGAAAGAAAGUGACAUGAUAGUAAUGGAAAGUGUAUGCUUAUUAAGUAGGACUAAUUUUCUCUCUGUCAGGAUACUGUUCUUUUUCAUCUCACUUCAGAAAUAUUGUAAUUAACCCAAUUAUUAGCUAUCUGGAAAAGGAAGAAGCAGACAUCCAAGCUACAAGUGGUGAUCGUGGAAGAAAAAGAGAAGAAAAGAGAAAGAAAAGGAUUUGUAACCUAGUUACAGAGAAUAACAUGAAAUACUGGGCCAGCCGUGUUUAUAUAUAUAUAUAUAUAUAUAUCACACCGAAUGCUGUAGGUGGCAAGCAAGUGAUUAUUGACCAGUGAAAGAGAAUAUAUGAGUGUAUAUAUAUAAUGGCUGGCUAAGCAAGCAACUUUAUAAUCUUCUCAUGAAUAUCAUUUGUACUGUUGCUAAAUUCUGCUCUAUUUCACUUAAUUACGGCUGAAUAUUGAGGCUAAUAUAGAGAAGCCCUCUGUUUGUGC